UAUAAAGCAGGUUCCCACCUCACUACUACUCUGUAUACAAACAAUCAGCAAACAAAAUGCCCAAAAUAAUCGCCAUCCUCAAUGCAACAGGAAACCAAGGAAGCGGCCUCAUCCGUGCAUUCCUCAGCCCCAAUUCUUCCCAAAAAAACGACUACAAAGUCCGCGCCCUCACCCGCAACAUUACCUCCCCUGCCGCCCAAGAACUACAAUCAUCAUACGGUCCUUCACAAUUGGAAUUGGUACAAGCAGACGUCUACGAUGUGGAGUCACUACGAAAAGCAUUUAAAGAUGUAGACGGCGUCUUCGCAGCAACCAAUAACCGCCUUCCAGGCAAGAAGAUCGAAACUGAAGAUGAGAUGAGACAUGAGUUGGUUGCUGGGCGGAACAUUGUUGAUGCUGCUCGCGGCUGCGACGUAUCCCACAUGGUCCUAAGCUCCCUGCCCAACAUCAACAGAGCAAGCAACGGCCGAUUCAGCAAGGUAUUCCAUUUCGACCACAAGAAUACGAUUGAGGAGUAUGCGAAGAAGGAAUUAAAAGCUGUGACGGUGCUUUGGCCCGGGCUGUAUUAUUCGAAUGUGGCGUGGCCGCAAUAUUGUCGGAAGUUAGAAGAUGGAAUUGUUCGCUUCUGUGCGCCUGCUUCGGGCGAUGUACGAGCUGAUUGGGUUGAUGCGGCGCAUGAUAUUGGGGUGUUCGCAGCUGCAAUAUUCACCAAAGGCCCCACAGCAAUAGGCAACAAAACCUACCCUGUGGUAUCCCCCAAAAUCUGCUUCUCCGACCUCGCGCGCAUUUUUGAGUCUAAGACCGGCAAAAAAGCAAUAUUCGAUCCCAUUUCGUUGGAUGAGUGGGGGAGUACUGUCGCUGCGGCCGCGGGGAAGGGGUAUGAGGAGGAUAUUCGACAGAUGAUGGAGUGGAUUGGUGUUGCGCCAGGUGAGAAAGUUUGUUAUGGGACGAUGGAGAGGGGGGAGGAUAGGUCGUGGGAGGAGUUGGGGGUUAGGGCGAGUACCUUUGAGGAGUGGUUGGAGAGGAGUGGGUGGAGGGGACCUGAAUGA